AUGGGACUAAGGGCAUCUCCUGACCCUCUUACUCUCUUGGCAGGACUGGAGUACAGCGACGUGCUGCCCGACUCCUUCCCCUCGGCCCCAGCAGAGACCCUCCCUCACUUUCUGCUGGAGCCACAGGACGCUUACAUCGUGAAGAACAAGCCGGUGGAGCUUGUCUGCCGCGCCAACCCCGCCACCCAGAUCUACUUCAAGUGCAACGGCGAGUGGGUCAACCAGAAUGACCACGUCACCAAGGAGAGCCUGGAUGAGGUCACCGGGAUGCUGGUGCGGGAGGUGCAGAUCGAGGUGUCCCGGCAGCAGGUGGAAGAACUCUUUGGUUUAGAAGAUUACUGGUGCCAGUGCGUUGCCUGGAGCUCGGCGGGCACCACGAAGAGCCGCCGGGCGUACGUCCGCAUAGCGUACCUACGGAAGAACUUUGACCAGGAGCCACUGGGCAAGGAGGUCCCAUUGGAGCAUGAGGUCCUGCUGCAGUGCCGCCCGCCCGAGGGGGUCCCGCAGGCCGAGGUGGAAUGGCUGAGAAACGAGGAUGUCAUCGAUCCCACCCAAGACACCAACUUCCUCAUCACCAUCGAUCACAACCUCAUCAUCAAGCAGGCCCGGCUCUUGGACACUGCUAAUUACACCUGCAUGGCCAAGAACAUCGUGGCCAAGCGCCGGAGCACCACAGCCGCCGUUAUCGUCUAUGUGAACGGCGGCUGGUCCACCUGGUCCGAGUGGUCUCCUUGCAACAACCGCUGCGGCCGGGGCUGGCAGAAGCGCACCCGGACGUGCACCAACCCUGCGCCGCUCAACGGCGGCUCCUUCUGCGACGGGCAGCCUUUCCAGAAAAUCACUUGCACCACCCUCUGCCCAGCCCCCCGCAACGGCGGCAAGGACUGCGCCGGCAUGCUGCUCGACUCCAAAAACUGCACUGACGGGCUCUGCCUCCACAAUAAAAGAGUUCUAAGCGAACCCAAAAGCCACCUGCUGGAUGCCACAGGCGAUGUGGCGCUGUACGCCGGGCUGGUGGUGGCCAUUUUCGUCUUCAUUGUGAUCCUCAUGGCUGUGGGGGUGGUGGUGUACCGGAGGAGAUGCCGGGAUUUUGACGCAGACAUCACAGACUCGUCUGCUGCUCUGACUGGAGGCUUCCACCCUGUCAACUUCAAGACCUCUCGGCAUGACAACCCUCAGCUGCUCCACCCCUCCAUGCAGCCGGACCUGACGGCCAGCGCGGGCAUGUACCGCGGCCCCAUGUACGCCCUGCAGGACUCCUCCGACAAGAUCCCCAUGACCAACUCCCCCCUGCUCGACCCCCUCCCCAGCCUCAAGAUCAAGGUGUACAACUCUUCCACCGCCUCCUCCUCGACGGGUCUCCACGACGGGACUGACCUGCUCGGCGGGGGGGUCCCCGCCACUGGCACCUACCCAGGGGACAACGUCAGGGACGGUCACUUUGCAAAUGCGCGGAGCAAAGCCCUGGGCUCCCAGCAUCUCCUCAGUUUGCCCCGGGAACAUGGCAACAGUGCCAGCGGCACGUUUGGCUAUCUGGGGGGAAGGCUCACCAUACCAGGCACUGGAGUGAGCCUGCUGGUGCCCCAUGGGGCCAUACCCCAGGGGAAGUUCUACGAGAUGUACCUGGUCCUCAACAAAGCAGAGAGUGCCCUCCUGCCCUCCGAAGGUACGCAGACGGUUUUGAGCCCAGCAGUGACCUGCGGACCCACCGGCUUGCUCCUCUGUCGCCCCGUUGUCCUGACCAUUCCCCACUGUGCCGACGUCGACUCUUCAGAUUGGAUUUACCAGCUGAAAACACAGUCCCACCAGGGAAACUGGGAGGAAGUUGUGACCCUGGAUGAGGAGACUCUCAACACUCCUUGCUAUUGCCAGCUGGAAGCCAAGUCCUGCCACAUUUUGCUAGACCAGCUUGGCACCUAUGUCUUUGUGGGAGAAUCCUACUCCAGGUCAGCCAUCAAGAGGCUCCAGCUGGCCAUCUUUGCCCCCACCAUUUGCACCUCCCUGGAGUACAGCCUCAAGGUCUACUGCUUGGAGGACACGCCAGAUGCUCUGAAGGAAGUGCUGGAGCUGGAGCGGACGCUGGGCGGGUACCUGCUGGAGGAACCCAAGCCCCUGCCCUUCAAGGACAGCUACCACAACCUGCGACUCUCCAUCCACGACAUCCCCCACGCGCUGUGGAGGAGCAAGCUGCUGGCCAAGUACCAGGAAAUCCCCUUCUAUCACAUCUGGAGCGGCAGCCAGCGAGCCCUGCACUGCACCUUCACACUGGAGAGGUACAGCCAGGCCUCCACCGAGCUCACCUGCAAGAUCUGCGUCCGGCAGGUGGAAGGGGAAGGGCAGAUCUUCCAGCUCCACAUCACGCUGGGAGAGCAUGCCAGCUCCUUCGACACCCUCCGCUCCCACCACAGCAGUGCCACCACCACCCAGCUGGGACCCUACGCCUUCAAAAUCCCCCUUUCCAUCCGGCAGAAGAUCUGCAACAGCCUGGAUGCCCCCAACUCCAGGGGAAACGACUGGAGGCUUCUCGCCCAGAAGCUUUCCAUGGACCGGUAUCUCAACUACUUUGCCACCAAAGCCAGCCCCACCGGGGUGCUCCUGGACUUAUGGGAAGCCGAGCACCAAGACGACGGUGACCUCAACACCCUGGCCAGUGCCUUAGAAGAGAUGGGCAAGAGCGAGAUGCUGGUGGUCAUGGCCACGGAGGGCGACUGCUGA